AUGAAACCUGUCAGGGAGACACCGGCGGUCCUCGGCAAGGAAGAAGAAGUCGACAUUGAGGCCGUCGCAGGCCUGAGAGGAGAUGAUUGUGGUGUAAACUCGCAAGAUCCUGCAUGGAAACGAUUCCUGCGCCACAUUGGACCAGGCUUCAUGGUCUCCUUGGCCUACCUCGAUCCGGGAAACCUGGAAACGGAUCUCCAAGCCGGCGCCAACCACAGAUAUGAGCUCCUUUGGGUGAUUUUGAUCGGCCUCAUCUUCGCGCUAAUUAUACAGUCACUAUCAGCUAAUCUUGGCGUGGUGACAGGGAGACACCUUGCCGAGCUGUGCAAGUCAGAGUAUCCCGUAUGGGUCAAGAUCUGCUUAUGGUUACUUGCAGAGGUGGCUGUGAUUGCUGCAGAUAUCCCUGAAGUGAUAGGAACGGCGUUUGCUUUCAACCUCUUGUUCAACAUCCCAGUAUGGAUCGGGGUUCUCAUUGCUGGCUCUAGCACGCUACUUCUUCUCGGCCUUCAAAGAUACGGGGUACGAAAGCUGGAGUUUUUGGUUGCGCUGCUGGUGUUCGUCAUGGCGGCGUGUUUCUUCGUGGAGAUGAGCAUCGUGAAGCCUCCGGCAAAGGAGGUGCUGAAGGGACUAUUCAUCCCCAGGCUCAACGGGUCCAGUGCCACUGCCGACGCCAUUGCGCUCCUCGGGGCUCUUGUAAUGCCGCACAACCUAUUCCUGCACUCUGCCCUUGUGCUGUCAAGGGACACACCCGCAUCAGUAAGAGGAAUGAACGACGCUUGCAGGUUCUUCCUCUUUGAGAGCGGUAUUGCGCUGUUCGUGGCUCUUCUCGUCAACAUUGCAAUCAUCUCUGUGUCUGGGACUGUCUGUAACGCGGGCAACCUCUCACCAGAGAACGCCGCCAAGUGCGGUGAUCUCACAUUGGACUCGUCUUCUUUCCUACUCAAGAACGUUCUGGGCAGGUCGAGUGCGAUCGUGUAUGGUGUGGCGCUCCUGGCCUCUGGGCAGAGCUCCAGUAUCACUGGCACCUACGCCGGGCAAUAUAUCAUGCAGGGGUUCCUGGACAUCAAGAUGAAGAAGUGGGUGCGGAACCUGAUGACCCGCAGCAUCGCCAUCGUCCCCAGCUUGGUCGUCUCCAUUAUCGGAGGCUCCAGUGGAGCCGGUCGUCUCAUUAUCAUUGCAUCGAUGAUACUGUCAUUUGAGCUGCCAUUCGCUCUCAUCCCUCUUCUCAAGUUCAGCAGCAGCAGGAACAAGAUGGGCCAGUCCAACAACUCCAUCUAUAUUGUAGGGUUCUCAUGGACGCUGGGCUUCAUUAUCAUCGGGAUAAACGUCUACUUCCUCAGCUCGAAAUUGAUAGGCUGGAUCCUACACAACUCGCUGCCGACCUACGCAAACGUCCUCGUCGGCGUCACCUUGUUCCCGCUGAUGCUGCUCUACGUCGCCUCUGUCAUCUACCUCACCUUCAGGAAGGACACAGUUAAGUUCAUGUCUCGCCGCGAGCAGGAGGACAUGGACAACACUGAGAAAGCAAAGGUUGCCAACAAGGAUGGCAGCGAGGACGACAGAGUUGUACAAUCAAACUGAUGCUUGUUUACCACCCUCAAUAAUCAUAGAUAGAAAUACUUUGUUAGCUAGGCAUAUUGAUUAA